AUGAGAAUCCUCUCUCUUUUGAUCUGUUUCCUCUUCUUCUUUUCACCUACUUCAUCUCAAGAAGAAACCGGAGUUUCAAAUUCAGAUUUAGAUAUUUUGGAAUUCCCUUUAAAUUUGGAGUAUUUGGAAGCUGAGUUCUUCCUUUGGGGAGCUUUGGGAUAUGGGUUGGACGGAGUUGCUCCGGAACUCGCCGGCGGCGGUCCGGUUCCGGUGGGUGCCCAAAAGGCAAUGUUGGAUUCUUUCACUAGAGAUGUUAUUCUCCAGUUUGGUUAUCAAGAAGUCGGCCACUUGAGGGCAAUAAAGAGUACGGUGAAGGGAUUUGCGAGGCCAUUGUUGAAUCUAAGUGCAGAAACAUUUGGAGAAGCUAUGAACAGUGCUGUGGGGAAGACACUAUCGCCGCCAUUUGAUCCGUACGCUAAUUCAAUUAACUUUUUGUUGGCUUCCUAUGUUGUGCCUUAUGUUGGAAUGACUGGUUAUGUUGGUGCCAAUCCCAAAUUAGAAACUUCCAUCGCUAAAAAGCUUGUGGCGGGACUAUUGGCGGUGGAAUCAGGGCAAGAUGCGGUCAUCCGAACCCUGCUAUAUCGGCACUCUCGGUCUCUUGUUAAGCCAUAUGGGUUAACAGUGGCAGCAAUCACACGUCGAAUUUCAAGGUUCAGAAACAAGCUUGGAGGUGCUGGUGUCAAAGACGAAGGUUUGAUAGUCUCCACUAUUCGAGGUGCGGAAAGAAAGACUCGCGGAAAUGUUCUUGCAGGUGAUUGGAAUUCUCUUGGAUUCGACCGAACACCUGAGGAAAUAUUGAGGAUUGUUUAUGGUAGCGGAAACGAGAGUAUCCCAGGAGGGUUCUAUCCAAAUGGAGGCGAUGGCCAUAUUGCCCAAUCAUAUUUACUAGAAUAAAAAGUU